GUUAGUUAGAGCUGCCACUUGAAUAUCAAUCUGGUCAAUAUAAUAGAUCAUCUUUCUUCAGACACAACCUAUAGCAAGACUCCUGAUAUAUGUGUAGGCCUACUCGAUAUGUCAGGAAUUUUCUUUUGUGAACAGAAGUCAACAUAUUUCUCUAUCAGUCUGUAAUGGAUAUUGAUAGAGUUGUUAUAAUUGGCCAUAAAUAGAGUCCUGCGUGCGGAAAGUAUACCCUCACAUAUAGUGGGCUUACUCGGUUUCCGUAGAUUUUUUUAGUGGUUCGUGACGCACCAGCGCCGAACGGACAGGAUAAUUUUGACAGGCAAGAUGGCGACUUCGGAGCCGGUAAGCGAGAUUGAGAAUGCACCUGAAACAGAAGAGCCCCAACCUGAAGUUAUACUCACUGCACCACCUGUGGUUGCUGGUUCUCAGCAGUACAUCAAACACCCCCUGCAAAAUAAAUGGGCCCUGUGGUAUUUCAAAAACGACAAGAGCAAAAGCUGGACAGAGAACCUUCGUCUCAUCGCAAAGUUUGACACAGUGGAAGACUUCUGGGCAUUAUAUAACCACAUACAGCAGCCCAGCAAGUUGGGCUUCGGCUGUGACUACUGCUUAUUUAAGGAUGGGGUGAAGCCAAUGUGGGAGGAUGACAAGAACAAGCUGGGUGGGAGGUGGCUGAUGACCCUCAGCAAACAGCAGAGACAAAUCGACCUCGACCGCUACUGGAUGGAGACGCUGUUGUGUUUAAUCGGUGAGUCGUUUGACGAGGCCAGUGAAGAUGUGUGUGGAGCGGUGGUCAACAUCCGACCCAAGGGAGAUAAAAUAUCCAUCUGGACCGGAAACUGUCAGAACAAGGAAGCCAUCGUGACAAUAGGACAACAGUAUAAAGAGCGCCUGAGUAUCCCCAUCAAGCUCCUGAUUGGCUACCAGUCACACGACGACACGUCUAGCAAGAGUGGUUCCACCACCAAGAACAUGUACUCAGUCUGAUCAACAACACCUACCCCCCAUCUCAGCUCAACUAUCAACCCCCUGCAUCACCAACCCAUUAAUACUUUUCAGUUGUCAACUGCUGUUAGUGUCCUUUUUACAGACGAGAGAAUUGUUGAAACGUAUACAAAAUUAGAGCCGCCCCACUGACACCCGAUGGACCGGCUGGCUAACCUCCGGUUCUUGUCGGAAAGAAAGGACAGCGUCAGCUGAAGCUGUUGGGAUUUGAGCUAGAAGAUCGUUAAAUGAGUUAAUUUUAGAAUUGGAGAGUAUAUGUGACUAAUAAUACCAGUGGCUUUCCCCCUACUAACGUAACUGAGGAGAAGAUCUGUCGUUUAAGGCUUGAUUAAAAGACAGACAACUUUCUUAGCUGUACAACCUUUUCCUUUUCUCAUGCAGAGUUUAUGAUCAUUCCCUGUUAUGAAAGGUGUUUCUCACCAACCACCCAGGAUAGAAAAGUAGACGAGAUUCAUUCAUUCAGCAGAUUUUAAAGGGCAACCAGCGUUUUAACCUUCUUUAGUUGGAGGUGUUUGGCAUGAGAAGGGAUUGCAGAUGCACCUGUUGCAGAAAAGACAACGGUACCAUAAUUAUUUCUUGUGUAAAAGAAUAGUAGCGGUAACAGAAGAACGGCCACACAUAGUUUCAGCCAUGCUGGGAUUGUGGAUCCUCUGCUUGUAGAACUAUUUUGAACUUUUGUUUCCCUUACAUGCAUUUAUGAUAUAUGCAUUGCAGUUGAACUACAUAGUUGGAGGACAACCAUGGGGGAAAAAACUCAAGUUCCUUACCAUUUUUUUGUUUUUGAGGAGGUUAACGACAUGGACUACUGCUUAAUAAUAUAGAUUUUUUUUUACAGUGUAUCAUACUAAGUAAAGAUGCCUGGACAAGUUUUAGGUCUGCUUCUUACUGUUUUCUUCCUAACAAACUGUAGAACAUUUCGCACUACUCUGGGGCCUGUGCGAGUGGAGAAAAAAGGAUAAUCUAUCCAUCGUGAAAUUAUUUAGCUUAUAAUGUAUCUUUAUUAUCUGUAAUUCCAGGAUGUAUAUUACCUUCUUUCAAGUAAAGGUUAAGUGCUUUGCAUUAAAACCAGAACCACACGGUC